AUGGCGAUGAUGGAAUCGUCCCGCAGAUUCGAGAACAGCUCUGCAAUAGUCCCCCCGUUUGUGCGCCUCAGAGAAGCUUUUUUGAUCUCGCCAAAGUACAACUUGGCCACAUGCCAAAUUGAGAAAAUUAUGAGCACUUUCCGCUCUGCAAUGUUCUGCUACUUAAAUCGUAAAGAGGAUUUCGUGGCCGCUGGACGAAACAUCAGCACUGAACAUUGGCUAACUGCGUGCGUUUUCAUACAUUAUUUAUGUAGGAUUAGGCUUGCACAGUAA